UAUGUAAAUCUAUGUAAAUCACCCUCCAGCUUCGGGGAGGGAGCUGGCGAACCACCUCGCGGAAGGUGGCCGUCUUCACCUUCCAGGAGGCGUCUGGCCACGCCUCUUCCCAUGCCCUGCUGGACCUGGAGUACCUCUUCAGGUGCAGCAGCAAGCCAGGUGCCGGCGUCAUGCAGGUCAAAAUCUGCGUGGCGCUGCGCUGCGGCGGGAAACGUGUGGCCCGCGCCGACCUGGAAGAGUUUCUCGGCCAGCUGACGCGUGGUGGCCGCCUGGACUCUUUCUUCCUGUAUAUACACGAAGAAAAAGUCGCCCUCCUGCAGGCCAAUCAGCCAAUUACGGACCCAGGUACGGAAUGGCUUUUUGAGGGAGAGUCACGAGGCACACACACAAUGGUUAAGGCUGCGACUCUUGAAGAAAAUGAUGAUACUAACGAAUUGGAAGACUAUACUGACGAACACUACGAAGAAAGGAAGGCUUACCUCGAAAAGGUAUUCUCCGUUGAGGAUGAAGAUGAUAUUGACGAACAGAAAGACAGCAAUGAAGACAACUACAAAGAAUGGGAGGCUUACCUCAAAAAGGUAUUCUCCGUUGAGGAUGAAGAUGAUAUCGACGAAAUGGAAGACAGCAAUGAAGCCAACUACAAAGAAUGGAAGGCUUAUCUGGAAAAGGUAUUCUCCGUUGAUGAUGAUGAUGAUGGUGAUGCAGACGAGGUGACCUCCGAGUUGCGGGAAGCCUCCGAUGCUGGAAAUGAAGGAGCAGACGAGGUGACCUCCGAGUUGCGGGAAGCCUCCGAUGCAGGGAAUGAAGGAGCAGACGAGGUGACCUCCGAGUUGCGGGAAGCCUCCGAUGCUGGAAAUGAAGGAGCAGAAGAGGUGACCUCCGAGUUGCGGGAAGCCUCCGAUGCUGGAAAUGAAGGAGCAGACGAGGUGACCUCCGAGUUGCGGGAAGCCUCCGAUGCUGGAAAUGAAGGAGCAGACGAGGUGACCUCCGAGUUGCGGGAAGCCUCCGAUGCUGGAAAUGAAGGAGCAGACGAGGUGACCUCCGAGUUGCGGGAAGCCUCCGAUGCUGGAAAUGAAGGAGCAGACGAGGUGACCUCCGAGUUGCGGGAAGCCUCCGAUGCUGGAAAUGAAGGAGCAGACGAGGUGACCUCCGAGUUGCGGGAAGCCUCCGAUGCAGGGAAUGAAGGAGCAGACGAGGUGACCUCCGAGUUGCGGGAAGCCUCCGAUGCAGGGAAUGAAGGAGCAGACGAGGUGACCUCCGAGUUGCGGGAAGCCUCCGAUGCAGGGAAUGAAGGAGCAGACGAGGUGACCUCCGAGUUGCGGGAAGCCUCCGAUGCAGGGAAUGAAGGAGCAGAAGAGGUGACCUCCGAGUUGCGGGAAGCCUCCGAUGCAGGGAAUGAAGGAGCAGACGAGGUGACCUCCGAGUUGCGGGAAGCCUCCGAUGCAGGGAAUGAAGGAGCAGACGAGGUGACCUCCGAGUUGCGGGAAGCCUCCGAUGCAGGGAAUGAAGGAGCAGACGAGGUGACCUCCGAGUUGCGGGAAGCCUCCGAUGCAGGGAAUGAAGGAGCAGACGAGGUGACCUCCGAGUUGCGGGAAGCCUCCGAUGCAGGGAAUGAAGGAGCAGACGAGGUGACCUCCGAGUUGCGGGAAGCCUCCGAUGCUGGAAAUGAAGGAGCAGACGAGGUGACCUCCGAGUUGCGGGAAGCCUCCGAUGCAGGGAAUGAAGGAGCACGUGAAGCAACGUCUGCAGACCAGGAAGUUCCCCAUCAAGGCGAGUCAUCUGCACCAGUGGCCGUCUCUGCCACCCCCGCCACUGCCUCUCACGCUUACCGCAGCCUGGCUGUGCCUCAUAGAUUCAUCAGCCGCCUUGCAGGCCCCGAGGACCGCCACCUCGAGGAUCUGCGGCGGAGCUAUGGGGUACAAAUCGCGCGGAUUAAGCGAACCCUUCAUGUGAAGGGCCACAGAGACUCAGUUCUGCAGUGCCACAACUUCAUUCGUGCCAAAAUAGCAGAGUGGCGGAGGUGCGAGACCGCUGAGGCUCAUUAAGCGACCUACAAUGCUUAUGACCUCUGUGAAGGAAAAGGUUCUGGAAACGAGGCGACUUCCGAGUUGCGGGAAGCCUCUGUGAAGGAAAAGGUGCUGGCGAAGAGGUGACCCCCGAGUUGCGGGAAGCCUCUGUGAAGGAAAUGGUGCUGGCGAAGAGGUGACCUCCGAGUUGCGGGAAGCCUCUGGUGUAUAUAUCUUAUCUUAUCGUUUCUGAUUA